ACAGAAAUCAUAAAAAAAAUCACCAAGCGGUGGUUCGGACCAUCUGUAAUUCUAAAUUAAGUAAUAUAUGGAGGAAAAGCAGAUAUUCCUGCUGAAGCAAACUUGGUUUCCCUGGUGAAUACCUGAACGGUAACCAGUGGAGUAUUCGAGGCUCUUCCUUCCGGUGAUUAACGCAUGCUUAUGUUGUGUUCAUUGUGAAUUGGACCAGAAGCCAGUCAGUGACUUGUUGAGGCACCAGGAGUUUCCAGCUUGUGGACCAGGCCAGAGAUGUCCUCUAAAGUUUUCAUUCUCCUCUUCCUUCAAUCGGCCAUUCAAGCGAGCAGCAGAAUUGAAGAUGAAGAUGAUGAUGAGGUUGGGGUGAACAAGACAUGGGUUCUGGCUCCAAAAUCUCAAGACCCAGAUGCAACACACAUUCUGAACUCACUGCUGAGUGGGUAUGACAACAAACUGCGGCCAGAUGUUGGAAUAAAACCGAUUGUUAUUGACGUUGACAUUUAUGUGAACAGCAUCGGCCCAGUAUCUGUUAUUCAAAUGGAGUACACCAUUGAUAUCUUCUUUGCACAGACUUGGUAUGACAGAAGGCUGCGUUUUAACAGCACACUGAAAGUCCUGACCUUAAACAGUAACAUGGUGGGACGCAUCUGGAUCCCAGACACCAUAUUCCGAAACUCAAAGCGGGCGGAUUCUCAUUGGAUCACCACGCCCAAUCAGCUGCUGCGAAUCUGGAAUGAUGGGAAGAUUCUCUACACUCUCAGGCUCACAAUUGAGGCCGAGUGUCAGCUCUACCUGCAGAACUUCCCCAUGGAUGAGCAGUCCUGUCCUCUUACCUUCUCCAGCUAUGGAUAUCCCAGAGAUGAAAUAACGUAUAGAUGGAGGCAGUAUUCAAUAGAAGUGGCGCACCAGCGAUCUUGGAGACUUUACCAGUUUGAUUUUGUUCGCCUCAGGAACACGACAGAAAUCCUCAAAACAACAGCAGGAGACUACACAUUGAUGAUCGUUUAUUUUGAUUUAAGUCGAAGAAUGGGAUAUUUUGCUAUACAAACCUACAUUCCCUGUAUACUAACUGUUGUCCUAUCAUGGGUCUCAUUCUGGAUCAAGAGAGAUUCGACUCCUGCCAGGACCACACUUGGGAUCACCACUGUGCUGACCAUGACAACACUCAGCACUAUCUCCAGGAAAGCAUUGCCCAAGGUCUCCUAUAUCACUGCCAUGGACCUCUUCGUCUCCGUCUGUUUCAUCUUUGUCUUCGCUGCGCUCAUGGAGUAUGCCACUCUCAACUACCUUGUAGGGACCAAGAGACCCAACCCCACAAAACGCAAACUUAAACCUGAGCCGUGUGAACCGGGCACUGAACCCUGUUUCACCACCAUCACCAUGAACAACCUGGCACAGUGGCAGGAACCAGAGGACGAAUUGGCCGAUGACUGUCUGGAGGGGAAGAAUUGCCGCUCCUUCUUCUGCUGCAUUGAGGAUUGUCAAACUGGCACCUGGCGCCGGGGGCGCAUCCGCAUCCACAUCUCCAGGCUGGAUGCCUACUCCCGGGUUUUCUUCCCCACUGCCUUUCUACUUUUCAAUCUUGUUUAUUGGAUCUCGUACCUCUAUCUGUGACCCAUUGUCCCACUCCA